CCCUACUCCCAGCCGGCACAGUCCAAUUGUCCACAGCUCCACAUGGCUUCUCCCCGGCACCUGCUCCCCCUCCUCCUCCUGCUCGCCCUCCUCGCCCCCUCCUCGUCGGCGGCGCCGGGCGUCAUCCGGCUGCCGCGCGCCGGGGCCUGCGCCGCGCCGGCGGACCCGGCCGUCUACGACCGCCCCGUGAUCGGCAUCGUCACGCACCCGGGCGACGGCGCGGCCGGGAGGAUCGACAACGGCACCUCCACCUCCUACAUCGGCGCCUCCUACGUCAAGUUCGUCGAGGCCGGCGGCGCCCGCGUCAUCCCGCUCAUCUACAACGAGCCCGACGAGCGCCUCCUCGAGAAACUCAGUUUGGUGAACGGCGUGCUGUUUACUGGUGGAUCAGUGAAGAGGGGUCCAUAUUUUGAGACGAUUAAGAAAGUGUUUCAGUAUGUCUUGGACAAGAAUGAUGCAGGAGUUCCAUUUCCAUUGUUUGCACAGUGUCUUGGCUUUGAGCUUGUAAGCAUGAUUGUGAGCAAGGACAAUAAUAUUUUGGAGUCAUUCCACGCCUCAGAUCAAGCAUCAACUCUCCAGUUCCCCAAUUAUUCUUCACUUCAGGGAUCAGUAUUUGAAAGAUUUCAUCCUGAUCUCAUCAAGAAACUCAGCACCAGUUGUCUUGUCAUGCAAAAUCACAAAUAUGGUAUAUCUCCAAAGAGAUUGCGAGAGAAUGACGCGUUAUCAAGUUUCUUCAAGAUUCUGACUAUAUCCCCUGAUGAAAAUGGUGAGGUUUACGUCUCAACCGUUGAAGCACAGAAAUAUCCAAUCACUUGCACUCAGUGGCACCCUGAGAAAGCCAUUUUCGAAUGGCGUAAACCAAUGAUUCCACACAGCGAGGAUGCAGUACAAGUGACACAAAAUUUUGCCAACUACUUUAUCAGCCAAGCCCGCAAGUCGCCAAACAGGCCGCCUGCCGACAAGGUGCUGGACAACCUGAUCUACAACUACAUCCCUACAUUUUCCGGGAAAACCUCGAAAUCCUUCGAGUUGGUGUACCUCUUCUCCUGAGGCUGGAGCCGACGCUUGUAGCCGCGGUUCUUCUCUUACUGUACUGUGCAUGUACAGUGUUGUGUACCAUGUGUUUGUAUUAUUGUACUGAUGAGACCUUCGGUUCAGUGGUGUAGAUCAUUUGUAACCUUGAUUGCCGGUAUCAGAGUUCAGGAGGAGCAGCGUCAGUAGCUGUAGUGUUUCGGUUUUCGGAGUGAAUAAGAGCAUCCUCCUUCGAGGUGUUGUUCAUCUUGUAGUAUUAUAACAGUAGUCCGUACGUUCGCCAUUGGCUGAUGCUCAGUUCAGUAGUACAGAUCAUUUGCAAA